AUGCAACAUUCGGGCUGCAGCGAUGGUGGUCUACAAGCUAACUCCUACUACUGGAACACCCCGAGCGGACGCCGUCAUCUCAACUCCUAUACCGACAUCAUUACGAUCAAAAACUUUACAGAAAAGGACUCUGGCGUAUAUACCUAUGUAGCAGACAAAGCUGCGGACACAGCCUUUACUACACAAGUAGAAGUCCAUCAGUACAGUAACGAUGAUACACCCGGACAUUCUGCAGACACUGAGGAGGGACAGGAUCAAGGGCAAUCUGCUUCUCACAUCGAUGAAACUGAGUCUGAUGAGGAAGAAAGGCCGUACGGAAUGGCAGCGGCAAAUUCAGCGUAUGAAGACACAGACCUGCAUCAGAAUGAAACUGUUCCAGGCAAUCAUAACACAGCACCGCAUUACUGUGCCGCAAAUUCGGACCAAGUCGGAACGACCCCUUCUGUUUCAAGAAAUAGCUUGUAUGGACAGCAAUGCGAAAACAUUACCGUGGCACGUAAUAGUACUAGUAUUGCGGACGAUUUGGGCAUCCUAUAUGGAAGUUGUCCAGCAACGGACGAGUGA